UCGGAUCCGUGGCCGCCCGCCCGCUCAGUCAGUCAGUCAGCUCCUGUUGGGUUCUUCUUCUACUUCUUUGAAUGGAGCUCGUGUCCUGAAGAGGCUGGCUGAGGUUUUCAUGAGGUUGAGCAGCACCGAGGUGAGCUCCAGUCUGGUCCACUCUGACAAGAAGAACCUCUCCUCAGCUGAGCAGUUAAGUCGGGCAGCACCGAGCCCCGUGAAGAUGUACGGCCUGUACUUGGAGGCGGUCAACGACUACAUCAACGAAUCCUACGGCGAGGACGUGUGGCGGCUGAUUGAGAACCGAGCCGAGAUCCCUCACCUGAAGUUUGUCAGGCAUCAGAUGUACAAUGACAACCUGAUCCUGCGUCUAGCGAAGGCCGCGGGUGAAGUGUUGGGAAAAACCCACGACGAGCUGAUGUACGCCUUCGGAGUCUACAUGGUGAAGAGGAUCGGGAACUACGGCUAUGAGCGGAUCCUGAAGGUUUUGGGACGAAACGUCCGCGACUUCAUCAACGAACUGGACAACCUGCACGAGUACUUCCGCUUCUCCUUCCCCAAAGUCCAGCCGCCGAGCUUCUGCGUGGAGGAGGAGUGCGAGACCAGCUUGACGCUGCACUACCGCAGCACCCGCAAGGGCUUCACGCAGUUUGUCAAAGGCCAACUCUCCCAGGUGGGCCGGCAGUUCUACAACACAGAUAUCGAAGUGGAGAUCUUAUCCAAAGAAGAGACAGAAAAGAUGACAUACGUGGUCUAUAAGAUGAACUUUGACAAUGCCGCCUUCAAGCACCGCAUGCCCCAGCAAAAGACGGCACCAAGCUAUGAGAAGCUUCCCAUGAAGCGAGGUAUCUUUUUUGACAUGUUCCCCUUCAGCGUCAUCUUCCGGCGCGACAUGACCAUGUACCGCAUUGGCGACGGCCUCAAAGAGGUCUUCUCUGACCUCCAGGGCAAGAAGGUCAACGAGGAGUUCACUCUGGUCAGGCCGAUGCUGGAGUUCAGUUGGGACAACAUCUACACCCACCUGAACAACGUCUUUGAGCUGGUCUCUAAAGCAGUGGUGGAGAGCAAACAAAAAGUCAACAUUCCUAAACUGAACAAAGAGGAGCCCGAAGAAAAGGAGGAAAACGAGAAAGCCAAAAGGGAAGAAGAAAGAGAACAAAAGUCAGUAGAGGAGAUAAAGGGCACAGACCAUGAGUACAGUAGUGCUCUGACUCAAUACAACAGUUCUGCUAACUCUGGAGGCGAAGACAUCGAGCUGCUGGCUUUCCAGACUGUCACAGGCAAAUGCAGUGAAACUAUCUUUGAAGACAUGCGGGAGCCCCCUAAAAAGCCUCUCCACCUGAAAGGCCAAAUGAAGUAUGUCCCCCAGUGGGAUUCUCUCAUCUUCCUGGGGACGCCCAUCAUUGAGACAGUGGAGGACAUGAUCAAGAUGGGCGUCUACGUCAACGAUUUGAAUCUACACGACUCCAGCAGAGAGCUGAUCCUGGCUGGCACGCAGCAGUCAGCUGAACUGCAGCUGGCCCUGGACCAGGAACAACAGAAGUACGCUCAGCUGCAGGAAAUCAUAAAGAAGCUGGAUGAAGAGAAGAAGAGAGGCGACUCCUUGCUGUACGCCAUGAUCCCUAAGGCUGUAGCCGACCGCCUCAGGAAGGGAAUCACAGCUCUGGAAACAUGUCAGGUCUUCUCCGAUGUGACCAUCCUGUUCAGCGACGUGGUCAAGUUCAAUGAGAUCUGCAUCCACAUCACGCCCAUGCAGGUGGUGGACAUGCUCAACGAGAUCUACAUCGUCUUUGACACGCUCAGCGAGAAGCACAACGUUUACAAGGUGGAGACAAUCCGUGACGCCUACAUGGUGGUGGCAGGCGUUCCCAACAAGACCACGUUCCAUGCCCAUCACAUCUGCGACAUGGCCUUGGACAUGCUGAGCUCAAUCGACCACUUGAAGGACCCGUCCACCGGGGACAAUAUUCAGAUCCGAGUGGGGAUCCACUCGGGAAUGGUGGUGGCCGGCGUGGUGGGUCUGAAGAUGCCUCGCUAUUGUCUCUUUGGAGACACCGUGAACACGGCCUCCAGGAUGGAAAGCAAUGGCGUGGGCAUGCAGAUACACAUCAGUCAGACCACCAAAGACCACCUGGAACACGAGCCCUACAGCAUAGAAGAGAGGGGCAAAAUCUUUGUCAAGGGUAAAGGCUACAUGAAGACUUACUGGCUGAAGGGAAAGAAAGAUCUUUCCUUCAAGACUCCAGCUGAGCUGCGAUACAGCAGCGAGCAGAAGGACUCGGAGGACAAAAGUUCAAAUGGCUCCACCAGCACCUGCGCCAAGCGCACAGACUCCUGCGUCCCCGCCAGUGGCGGCGAGGAGCAGGCGGAGGGCAAGCCCAGCCCCAGCGACCUCCCUCCGGACGCCGUGCCGCCGCAGGAGGCCGCCACCGAGCCCCUCAACACUUCGGGCGAGCUUCAGGAAAAGGAGAAAUCCAAAAAGACUAAGAACAACAAAGGAGCCAAGCCGGACGCGGCCCAGGGAAACCCCAUGUCUGAGUUGAUGCCGCCCGCCGACGAGCUGCAGAACCUGGGACCGUUUCUACAAAACAAGAGGAACAGCUUCAGGCAGCAGUACGUCAAGCUGCCCGCCAACUUGCCCAUAAGGAGCUCCUCCUGCACCCUCCUGUGAACCCCCACCAUGACAUCACUAUAGUGUGGCGCCAUGACAACACAACAUUAUAAUGGUGUGGCACAACGUAAAUAUGACAUCAGAAUAGUGUGGCGUCAUUAAAG